AUGAAACGCCUUUAUGAAAACGCGCUGAUCUAUGGCCGGCUGUUCACGGUCGACCGGCCGCAUCUGGUCGAGCGCUACAACAAGGCGCUUGAGGCCUUCCGCCUGCCGCCGACAAAGCUCGACCGCUUCGACAUCGACCGCACCGGCUUUUCGCCGCAGGUGGCCGAGGAGCUUGGCGAUUUCGACUAUCUGGACCCGGCGGGCAUCAACCGGCGCUUCAUCAUCCUGACACCGGGGCAGGCGAGCCUGCCGGUCGUCCACACGCGCUUUUCCAACACCGGCGGGCUGAUGCAUGAAUUCUACACCGCCAAUGCCCGCGCCAUCCACGCGCUGACGAUCAAGGACGUCAUCUAUGGCGAGAUCGAAGACAAUGUGUCGGCGAUCGAGGACAUCGAGGACCUUCUGUCGAUCGAGCAGGUGCAGUUCAAGGUCCUGUCGGCGGAGAACGUUCUUGCCAAGGCGGCCGAGCUGCGCACCCUCGUCGACCGGCUGAAGACCGAGCCCGACGCCUGGCGCGACGAUGCGAUGCUCGAACAGAUGGUGACGCUCGCCCAGACGACCGGCGACAUCCGCUCGAACCGGCUGGUGCCCGACCAGGUCGUCUUCCGCCAUUCGGCCUUCUGGACGUCUCAUUUCGGCGGCACCUACGUGUUCGUCGACGACAAGAUGACGACCGUGAUCUGCGAUGCCGACGCGCCGGGUUUUCGGCGGUCCCGUCCCUGGCAGGUCAGCUAUCUGGACAUUGGCGACCAUCGGCGGGUGUUCGAUUUCCUGUCGCGUUCGGGCCGGAUCGACUUGCCGAGCGCCUCAUGGCUAGAGGGCGGCGGCUUCAUCGAUCACCGGGCCGAUCUGGCGCUCAGGGGGCUGGUGCAUGCGAUCGAUCCGGAUGCCGAUCUGACCGCCGCUGACCCCGUCUGGCUGCAGACCUUCGUGUCGCGCAACGCCGGUCCGAUCCGCGAGGACGGCACCUAUCCGUUCCUCAAUUCCGCCCGGCGGGAACUGGCGCGCACCGGCCGCAUCGACAUUCGCGACGUGCCGCACGCACUUCGCUUCCAGAUCGUCCGCGGCAAGCCCGACCAUCACGACGCCUGGCUGACCAACCGUUUGAUCAGCGAAUAUGUGCCGCGCGAUUUCGUGACGCUGUACGUCUUCAACAAGCAGCGCUUUUAUGCCGAGUACGAGACUUGGGAUGACCGUUUUCGCGGCUUCGUUGUGGACACGCUGAAAAACACCUAUCUGACGGACAAGGCCGGCCUGCGCGCCCGGCUGUUCGGACUUGAUUGA